UCUUUCGUCAUUUGCAAUAAUAAUUAUGCAAUAUUGCGCCGGGUCAGGCGACACUCCCCCAUACGCUCUACACGAGCAUGCACAGUUACACAAUUAAAACUUUAGUUUUUUGCACGCUGACCACAGACAGAGAUUGCAUAAACUCUUCCAACACACAUUACUCACCCUUCACGCCUUCAUUUGACAACUGCUUAGAACACCCCAACAUAAUGGCCAAGGAACUGACAGCGAUAGAAUGGCGGUCAGACCAGUGGCUGUUCCAAUUUGGCGGCCUUCAUCCAGACAAUGUCCUCGAAUACUUCAGCCAGUCGCCAUUCUGGGACUCGGCCAGCAACAACGCGAUCCUGAAAAUGCAAACGCAAUUCAAUGACUUUCAGCAGUCGGCAUACGACCUCAAAUCCAUGGUCGGAAUUGAAUUUGCGCUGACACACCAGGAGCCCCCCGCCUUGUUCAUAAUAACUAAAUUUAGGCGGUCCAGCCCGACCAAAGUUACGCCCAUUUCUGUGUACUAUAUCGUCGAUGGCAACGCAUACGAAGCACCAACUCUGUACUCUAUUGUGUCGACGCGCAUGCUGAGCAGCAUAAAAAAGGUUGAGGAGGCAUUCGAGAUUGCCAGGGCGCAUGCUGAGUUCCAUCCCUCGAGCGGGUACUCUUGGAAGGAAACUGCCGAGCAGAAGAGCGCACGCAAGGCAGCGAUGAAGGAGAUCCAGUAAAGCUAUCAAGGAAGUGUAGAAAAAUCGAAACCAAUUUUCAAUUAUUCUUUUGGAUUAAAUA